AUGUCUACUCAAAAGAAAGGAGGUUCCGUCACCGAUCUCGUUGCCGGCGGUGUCGCUGGUUUGUUUGAAGCGUUAUGUUGUCAUCCAUUGGACACCGUCAAGGUGAGAAUGCAGUUGUACAGAAAGUCUGGCCAGAAGCCACCUGGGUUCCUUAGAACUGGUAUCAACAUUGUCCAGAAGGAAACGUUCAUGUCGCUUUAUAAAGGUCUUGGAGCUGUGGUGCUUGGUAUUGUGCCUAAGAUGGGUAUUCGUUUCCAGUCGUACGAGUUCUACAGAUCUCUCUUGAAGGACAACGAGGGUAAGAUUUCCACCGGUAACACUUUCCUUGCUGGUGUGGGUGCCGGUACCACCGAAGCUGUGCUUGUGGUGAACCCUAUGGAGGUUGUCAAGAUCAGAUUGCAAGCUCAGCACCACUCUAUGGCUGACCCAUUGGACGUGCCAAAGUACAGAAACGCUCUCCACGCUGCUUACGUUAUUGUCAGAGAAGAAGGUUUCUCGACUUUGUACAGAGGUGUUUCCUUGACUGCUGCCAGACAGGCAUCCAACCAGGGUGUUAACUUUACCGUGUACUCGAAAUUGAAGGAGUACCUCCAGGGCUACCAGAACUUGGAGGUUCUUCCAUCAUGGGAAACCUCUUUGAUUGGUUUGUUCUCCGGUGCCUUGGGUCCUCUUUCCAACGCUCCUUUGGACACCAUCAAGACCAGAUUGCAGAAAUCCACCUACGCCUCCAACGAAUCUGGCUGGGUCAGAAUCGCCAAGAUCGGUAAGCAGUUGAUCAAGGAAGAAGGUGUGGGUGCCUUGUACAAGGGUAUCACUCCAAGAAUCAUGAGAGUUGCUCCAGGUCAGGCUGUCACUUUCACUGUCUACGAGUUCAUGAAGGGCGUUUUGUCUGGCAAUGCUUUGCCUGGCAGCAACAAGAAGCUUGAACCCAUUUCUACAACUUCCUCGGCUCUUGUUCGGUACCAAGGGAAGACCAGACAAGCUCGUGAAAUCAGUCCAGAUGAGGUCAGGAAGUACAAUGAGGCCCAAAAAGCACGUAAGGAGAGACAAGGCUUUGAAAAUGGCCAGAACCAGUUUUACUACCAUGAAAAUCCAUCGCUGAACCAGGAAGGCUUCAUGAACGACCCUACUCAAUUCAGAGCUGUUUUCGAUAUUCCUCCUAACGAAAACGGCAUCAUUACAGAGCACGACGGAAUUUAUGAUAUCUUGAAAGAGCCAACUUUGGUCAUUGAGCGGCAGGUCGAGUUCAUGAACAUUGUUAUUGGCUUUGAACAGGCUAACCGGUACAAGAUCAUGAACUCCAACGGUGAACAAAUUGCGUAUAUGGAGGAGAAGGAUUUUGGAAUCAUGAAGGCGUUGGGAAGACAGUUUUUCCGUUUGCACCGUCCAUUUGAGCUUGAUGUGUUUAACAAUUAUGGCGAUAAGAUCCUUACGAUUAAGAGACCUUUUUCAUUUAUCAAUUCGCAUAUCAAGGCUCUUUUGCCUGGCUACGACGAGAACGGCAACCUUAUGCACGAGAUUAUCGGUGAAUCCGUUCAGAAAUGGCACUUGUGGCGUAGAAGAUACAACUUGUUUAAGCUUGAGGAUGACGUCUCAGAUGAAUAUGAACAGUACGGUGCAAUUGACUCUGGAUUUCUUGCUUUUGAUUUCCCAGUGUACAACAAGGAUGGCGACGUGGUUGGUUCUGUGGAUAGAAACUGGGUCGGUUUGGGAAGAGAGCUUUUCACUGAUACCGGUGUCUACAUUGUCCGUAUGGAUCCAGCAUCGUUUGCAGGCAUGGGCCUGAUGUACCCUAGCGUGGCGGGCCCAUUGACGCUUGACCAGCGUGCUGUUUUGUUGGGUAACGCUGUCAGUAUUGAUUUUGACUAUUUCUCCAGACAUUCCCGUGGCGGCGGUGGUUUCCUCCUGUUCAGCGACUGGGAGUAG